CGUCACUUCCUGUUCGAAGAAAAACGUGAUUUUUAAGGCACAUAUUUCGAUCAAAUAUGACAGAACACAGUAAAGAAGACCUGGAGAAAGAGUUCUCUCCCUUUCUGAAUCCAGCAGCUAGAGGGGAUGUCAAAAAUAUUGCAAUAGACUAUGUUUUGGGAAUGACUGGAAAGGAAGACGGAAAACAAAUGAUUGCAAGCAGUCAGAAUUUUUUGGAUGGAGUUAUCUCCCUUUGUGAAGAUUCAGACGAUGUUGUUCAUAGUAAAGCAUAUAAAGCUUUGACCAAUAUUGCAACAGAAUCCAAGUUAAGUUUACAGAUUGUUAAAAACAACAAGUUUUCAGAAUUUAUUGUGAACUGUUUCAAAAAAAUCUUAGACCCAAGUUUCAGUCAGGCUGAUAGUGUGUGCAAAUUUGUUUCAAACUUGUCAAGGCCAGAAGAGUGUGCAGGCUGUAUAGCCACGAACAUUCUACAAAGCCAGGAUGUCAGCUUAUCAAAGAUUGUAAAUGCUAUGUGCAAUGUGAAGUAUAAUCUUAAGUCAAAUUUACAUUUCCUAGCACCAUUGCUGGCUAAUUUGUCACAGGUGCCACAAGUUAGAAAAGAACUUAUGACAGAACGAGAAUAUGUCAUUCAGCGAUGUUUACCAUUCUUAACCUACCAGGAAUCGGCGAUCAGAAGAGGAGGAAUAGCAAGUCUUAUUAAAAAUUGCUUAUUUGAUACAGGCUACCAUGAAUGGUUGCUAGGAGACAAGGUUGAUUUACUUCCUCGAUUGUUGUUGCCACUGGCUGGUGGAGAGGAGUUUGAUGACGAUGACAUGGAGAGAUUGCCGGCAGACCUUCAGUAUUUACCUCCAGACAAACAGAGAGAGUCUGAUCCAGACAUUAGGAAAAUCAUCGUAGAAUGUUUAUUUCAGCUUUGUGCAACAAAAAAAGGGAGACAAUUUGUCAAAGAAAAGAACACAUAUGUCAUAAUGAGAGAAUAUCAUAAAUGGGAACCAGAACGUAUGAACCAUCCUGCAAUAAUGAACUUAAUAGAUGUUUUAAUAGGAGAUGAACCAGCUCCUGAACAUGAAAACUUACGGGAAGUUGAAGUUCCUGAAGAUUUACAACAGAAAUUUGCACAAGAUGAUGAAGAAGAAAUACUUCAAAUUAAAAAUGAAAUAAAUUCUCAAUAAAUUUUUAAAUUGU